CUUGGACUUGGUCAAUGCAUGGUCAGCUUAAAAGCUAUUAACGGUUUUGCUUUUGUUGAUCUAAAGGCGAUCCAAAAUUUAGCUAAGGAAGGUAUUAUUCUAAUGAAGACAGAAUGAGUUAUUUGAAAAAAUGGUCCAUUGGCUUUAUUUUUGCCACUUCGUUUUCUUUUAUGACCUGCAACGGUCACGGGAGACUGAUUGAGCCACCUAGUAGAGCAUCCGCUUGGCGCUUUGGAUUUCAAACACCGCCCGACUACAAUGACCAUGAACUAUACUGUGGCGGGUUUACCAGACAAUGGAAAAGAAACGGCGGUAAGUGUGGGGAGUGCGGAGACGCAUGGGAUAUUCCGGAACCACGCCCCCAUGAACAUGGUGGCCAAUGGGGUCUAGGCUUAAUCGUGCGGAAUUAUUUGCCUGGAUCCAAAAUGACUAUUCGUGUAGAAUUAACUGCUAGUCAUAUGGGAUAUUUUGAGUUUCGGAUAUGUCCAAAUCACAGUGCUAUACAGUCCUGCUUGGAUAAAAAUGUAUUGAUAAUACUUGAUGGCUCUCCCUCCCAGGCACAUCCACAAGACCUCAAUUUCCGUUUUUAUCCCCGAAACGGAAGUCGCAUCUAUGAAAUACAUGCACAGCUACCAGAUUUUACAUGUGACCAAUGCGUUCUGCAAUGGCGCUAUGUUGCCGGCAAUAAUUGGGGCAUGUGUAACGAUGGUAUAGGAGCCAUUGGAUGUGGCCCACAAGAAGAAUUUCGUUCGUGCUCGGACAUUGCCUUAACUACAGAUACACAACUUCUUAUUGGUCCUAGUCAUCCUUUUUACUCGAUACCUACACAAUCUAAUAGAAUGUCAACAACCACGGAACAUAUUUUAGAAAAUAAUCAAAGUGACACAUUUAUAUAUAAUAUUAUAUUGUCGCUAGUUGUAGUGCUUUUAUUAUUUGUUUGUGGUGUUGGAUUAUUUUUUUUAUACAAUAAUAACAAACCAUUUUGUUCAAAAAAAAAAAUUGACAAUCUAAAAAAUAUAUCAAUGUAUUGGAUUUCGAUUCAAAAAUCCAUUACAUGUGAUGCAUUUAAACCGAAAAGCGAUGACAAAUUUGAUAGCCCACCAAUCCCACCCCUACGAACCAAAAAGAAAAAUCUUGCAAAUGAAACAAUUAAGGUAUAAUUAGCGUUAUUUUGUUCUUAUUUCAUAAUUGUGUCCAACUGCCAAUAUAUCCAAACAAAGUUUAGUUAUUAAAUCACAAAUUACUCACAAUGUAUUUAUGUUCAUAGACUUUAAUCCGAGUAUUAAUUAAAAAUAAUUGUAAAAUUAA